CUGUGAUACUAUUUUUUUCUCCAUAGAUUGUAUAACACUGAAUCAGUACAGUUUUGAAUGGUUUGUGUAGUGUGCGGUUGCCAGUGUUAUUUGAAACAUAUUGCAAACUUGUCAGGGUCAUAAGGAGGAGCGAGGAAAAAGGGAAGUUGUUUUGAAUUUUGUAAACUAUUUUUUCAUGAAAAGGAAAUCCUCUCAGUGUGUCUACAUGUUGAAAGACAGACUAAAUGAAAGAAAUACGUAACAGGCAAUUAGUGUCGACCUUGUGUUAACAGACUACAACGUAAUUAUGUUGUCUUAUUCUCCCUCCUCGCUAAAAAAUCUUUUGCAGACAGAAUAUCUCUAAAAUAGCACUUACUUUUUCAAACAAAAUGAGUGAUUUCGAGGAUGCAGCAGAAUCUUUUGAUCGGGUCGAUGGCACUUCGUUCGCUUUUGACGGAAUUAGGAAAAGACACUUGUGGGAGUCACUCGAGUCAGAACUACCCGGUUUGCAUGAAGUGAAGGAGUUUAUCGAAGAGGAUGAUACGAGCCUGUUUGAUGAUGAAGAGGGAUGCAAUGGUUGCCCUUUGCCUAGCACUCCAGUCGACCCAACUCUGAUCGAUCAGGAGAUCUCGGAGGUCUUAAAAGUAGGAAUACACGACCUCGACUUGGGCGCUUUUGUCAACAGCGCCAGAGAACCCGCCGAAGAGUUCGUCAGGAAGGUAUGGGAAGCCUCGUGGUCCGUCUGCAACUUCAGGCAUCUCCCACACUGGCUACAGGACAAUGACUGCUUACACAACUGGCACAGGCCGCAGCUCGACUCCUUCUCAGCCUGUUUCAAAUCAAUAUUCAGUGUGCACACUGAAACAGGCAACAUCUGGACACACCUUUUGGGCUGCUUUGCAUUUGUUACUGCCCUAUUUGUAUUUCUAUUCUCUGGAGCGAGAGUGACACCACUUGAAGAUGCACUGGCCGUUUCGACCUUCUACAUAGCAGUUAUCGUCUGCUUUGGACUAUCAUUCAUUUUCCAUACGGUGUACUGCCAUUCUGAAUUCGUAGGCAAACUCUUCAGCAAGCUGGACUACUGCGGUAUCGCCAUCCUCAUCACCGGGUCAUUCGUUCCAUGGCUUUACUUCGGAUUCUACUGUCAGACCACAGCGAGGUACAUAUACUUGACUGUUGUCAUCAUUCUUGGGGUCACCGCAAGCAUCGUCUCACUCUGGGAUAAGUUCAGUGAAUCUCGUUUCCGCCCUUUGAGAGCUGGUGUUUUCGCUGGAUUUGGACUGAGCGGAAUCGUGCCAGCUUUUCAUUACGUAAUAUCUGAAGGAUGGUUUAACGCUGUUGCAUACGCGUCGCUCGGUUGGCUCAUACUCAUGGGAAUUUUGUAUUUAUCCGGAGCGUUCGUCUAUGCUUUCCGAUUCCCCGAAAGCCUCUAUCCAGGGAAAUUUGAUAUAUGCUUUCAGAGUCACCAGAUCUUCCAUGUGCUUACAAUCGCCGCCGCGUUCGUUCACCUCCAUGGUAUUACCGAAAUGCUCACCUACAGAAUGUCAAUGGGUGCUUGUGCAGUCCAGAGUGCUGUCCAGAGCACAAUUCUCUGACAUCCACUCCUCCCACAGCAUCCGACUCUGUAAAGAGAUACAACUCGACUCUAACAACCUUCUAAAACCACAUUAUUUAUGGAUUAGUAAUAAAUAAAUAAAUUGAAGAAGAUAUAAAAAAAAUGUGAUCAAUUAUAGGAUAUUAAAAUUGGAAAUUUUAUGUGAUACAAUUGUUUGAAAGAAACAUCAGAAUGUCGGAAAUAUCUUCACUUACUCAAUUUGUAAAUUGAUUUUUUUAAAAAUAAAAAUCUUUAACAUUCAAAACAACGGGUGGGUUUAAAAAUGGUUUUAAACAAAAUCGUUUUAACUUUUUAAUAAUGCUCUCCACAUUAUUAUUACAAAAUCAUCACCUUUUUAAUGUGUUAGUGGUUGGAAUGUGCUGCGGUCAUUCAAAAUAAAGUUAAUGUGAUAAUUGAUUAUAAGUAAAAGAAAAACCUGUUGUUGUUUCUGAAUCGAUCUGAUAAAAAUAUAUUUUUAUGAUCUUAGAUUGUUAUUCUAUUACAUUAGGUCAGGAAACGAGUGGGCUUGAUUUUUUUUUUCCAAAUGUCAAUCAACUUGGUCUAUUAAAUUGAUGUAAUAAUUCAUUGUUAGUUCGAAA